AUGGCACGACAAAAGCACAACGAGGAUGACGACGAGGACAUGUAUACAUUUACAGAGGACUAUCGCUCUCAGCAGAAAGCCAAGUACAUGUCAGCAGGAAACAAUGUGCGCCUGGCUUCACACGACAAAACCAGAGUAGCUUAUUUUCAUGAUGAAGGCGUUGGAAACUACCAUUACGGUGAACGGCAUCCUAUGAAGCCGCAUCGCUUGACAUUGACCAACCACUUAGUAUUGAAAUACGGCAUGCACGACAAGAUGGAAAUAUUUCAGCCUAGAAGAGCUACAGACGAUGAAAUCCUCAACUUUCACUCCUCAGAUUACGUAGAUUUCCUGAAGCGAGUGACACCAGACAAUGCAGACAACUAUGAAAAGCUAUUUCAACGAUUCAACGUGGGUGAUGAUUGUCCCAUCUUUGACGGUAUAUACGAUUUCUGUCAACGCUAUGCAGGUGCAACUAUUGAAGCUUCACGCAAAUUGAUUGCAAACGGUGCCGACAUCUGCAUCAACUGGUCUGGCGGUCUUCAUCAUGCCAAGAAGAGCGAAGCAAGUGGGUUCUGUUAUGUGAAUGACAUUGUGCUGGGUACAUUGGAGCUGUUGAGAUAUUUCCCUCGCGUAUUAUACAUUGAUAUCGAUAUUCAUCAUGGCGAUGGUGUGCAGGAAGCAUUCUACUCAACAGACCGCGUAAUGACAGUAUCCUUUCACAAAUACAAUGGCGACUUUUUUCCUGGCACCGGCCACAUUGAUGAAAUUGGCUCCAAUUUGGGCAAAUACUAUUCACUGAACGUACCUCUGCGAGAUGGCAUUGAUGACGAAGCGUAUGUGUGGAUGUUCAAGGAAGUCAUUGAUGCAGUUAUUGGUCAUUUCAGACCUUCAGCUAUCGUAUUACAGUGUGGUGCAGAUUCCUUGGGAUGCGAUCGCUUGGGCUGCUUCAACCUGAGUAUCCGUGCUCAUGGCCAGUGUGUUCAGAUCGUUAAAGACUACAAGAUUCCGCUACUUGUAGUAGGAGGAGGUGGAUACACAGUUCGAAACGUGGCUCGAUGCUGGACAUAUGAGACAUCCGUAUUAACAAACACAACACUCAGCGAAGAUUUACCGCCCAACGAAUACAGAGAUUUCUUCAAACCUGACUACAAACUACAUCCUGAUCUCAAGGGCAGAGUAGAAAACCAAAACGAUAGAACUUAUCUACUCAAAGUGAGACAAAGAGUCAUGGAGCAAUUGAGAUAUUUAGAUUCGGCACCCAGUAUUCAGAUGCAAGAGAUACCACCCGACAUCCAAGGUUUCUUGGAUGGCGAACAUGAGCAACAAGAUGCUAUAAACGAUUCUGAACGGGGCAAAAAUAGACGGAAUCCAACUGGCGGAAGAGUCAUUCAUGAGGGUGAAUGGUAUGAAAAUGACAAGGAUAAUGAAGGUGAAUCUCAUGAUUCAUCAUGGAGCAGUUAG